UAAAACAUGGACAAAAAAGCAACAUGGGACAGAUUCUACAUAGAAAAUGCAAGCAAAGGCAACUUCAAGUUUUUUGGCUUUCACUAAGUCCAGGACUUCAUUCUUCCUGUUCUUCAGACCAUGUCUCAUUCCCAAAUUGGCCCUUUACACAUCCUGGACAUGGGCUGUGGCACAUCUGCCUUAGGACCCUGUAUUUACAGAUACUCUCCAUGUGCUGUCAUGGUCACCUGUGCUGACAUCUCCCUGGUGGCAGUGAAACUUCUGGAGGAGUACACCAAUUCUAUACCAGUACAGAAUCCAUCCUCUGCUCUUGCAUUCGUAGAGCUGGAUUGCACACAGAUAAGAGGACACUUUGGGGCCAGAAGUCUGGACUUGAUUUUAGACAAAGGUACAACGGAUGCUUUAGUCAGUUCUAAAGAGUGGCAAGGAAAGGCUGGUCAGAUAAUAAAGCAAUGCUUACAGGAACUGAGACCCACAGGGAGUCUCUUACUGUUCUCAGAUGAGGACCCUGAUGCCAGGCUUGUAUGGCUGGAGAGAGAGGUUAGAGGAACAGAUCUGGCAGCUGAUGUGAGAGUUCAAGAGGUGGUGGAAUUGAGAGGUGUCAGUUAUUUUUGCUAUCAGAUUACUCCUUGUAUUGCCCCACAUUUAAAAAAUAUAAUAUAAUGCAAAUUCCUUUGCACUUUGAAAGAGACAUCAAUCAAGUGUUAAUAUAGUAGGAAAAGGCUGCAUCAAGUCAGCACUGAAAAUGUAACACUGAACGUUUUACACAAUAUACAACUGGCCUAAUCUUACUUAAUUUGCAUUUGGCCUAGCUAAACAAAAACAACAGACAAUUCGAUUAGCAAGAGACAUUUUUCAGAGUAAUAACAAAAAUUGCCAGAAAAAUUAUGUUGUGCUGAUUUUUUUUAAUUAAAGCA